GCAGGCGGAGGCGGCCGAGGGGCACCGGGCGUGAGGCGCCGGCGGCGGGGGGCCCGCGUUCCUCCCCGCCCGCCCCGAGCCGGAGACAAAGCGGACAAAGGAGCUCCCGCGCUCGGCUCGGCGGCCACCGGAGCUCCGUCACCGGCGGCGCGGAGAGAGAGGGAGAGAGAUCUCGAGAGCCAGAGCGAGCGAGCGAGGAGGAGGAUGCGGGCGGCGGAGCGGCGGGCGGAUGCGGAGCGCGGCCGCGCGGCGGAGGGAGUCGGGAGCCGCCGGCAGCGGGGCCGUCCCGGAGGGCGGGCGGCCCCUUGAGCGCGACCGAGGGAGGAUGGAGCCAGAAGCGGCUCGGGCUGACACGUGCGGCCGCGGCUAGGGCCACCCCCAUCCCCUCCCUCCUCCCCUCCCCGCGAUGCUGCACUCCCGCCGGCUCUUUCAGCGCGUUCGACGCGCGGCGGCGAUGGAGCCGAGCGGGCGGCUGUGAGGCGCGGCGCGCAGCAUGGCCUCGGAGGACGGCGCGGCGCAGCAGCGUUGCCCCGGGGCGGAGCGGGCGGCGGCGGCGCGGUGCCGCAGCCUGCCGGCAAUCGGCGGGGCGGUGCCCCGGGGCCGCGGGGCCGCGCUCGGCUCCCCCCUGGUGGCCGGGGGCGGCGGCGGUGCCACGCCGAGCGCCGGCGCCCCGGCGGCUCCCGAGGACGGGCCGGGCGCCGCCGCCGCCGCCGGGACUGCCCGCACCCCUCCCGCCGCCGCCGCCAUCGGGAGCUUCCCUCGGAGGACGGAGCCGGCGGCGGCCGGGAGAGGGGUGUCCCCCGGAGUGCCCCCGCCGCCUCCGCCGCCGCCGCUGCUGCUGGCCGGGCCGCCGGGCAGAGCGUGCCUCAGGGCUGUGCUGGCGGACUCGCGCUUCUUCUUGGUGUGCAUGUGCUUCCUGACCUUCAUCCAGUCCCUCAUGGUCUCCGGCUACCUGAGCAGCGUCAUCACCACUAUCGAGCGGAGAUACAGCCUGAAGAGCUCGGAGUCGGGCCUGCUGGUCAGCUGCUUCGACAUCGGGAGCCUGGUGGUGGUGGUGUUCAUCAGCUACUUCGGGGGGCGCGGGCGCAGGCCGCUCUGGCUGGCCGUCGGGGGCUUCUUCAUCGCCCUGGGGGCCGCUCUCUUCUCCCUACCUCACUUCAUCUCCCCGCCGUACCAGAUCCAGGAGCUGAACUCCUCGGUCAGCAACGAGGGCUUGUGCGUGACCGGCAACGGCAGCGCCAAGGAGCAGUGGGACUCUCCAGCCUGCAUCAAGGACUCCGGUGGGAACGAUCACUCCCUCUAUGUAGCUUUAUUCAUUUGUGCCCAAAUUCUCAUCGGCAUGGGCUCCACACCCAUCUAUACCUUGGGACCAACCUACCUGGAUGACAAUGUCAAGAAAGAGAACGCCUCGCUUUACCUAGCCAUCAUGUAUGUCAUGGGAGCACUCGGUCCUGCAGCUGGCUACUUACUGGGAGGACUUCUCAUUGGUUUCUAUGUUGAUCCUAGGACAACUGUUUAUAUUGACCAGAAUGAUCCUCGAUUCAUUGGAAACUGGUGGAGUGGAUUUCUUCUCUGUGCCAUUGCAAUGCUCCUUGUGAUAUUUCCAAUGUUUACCUUUCCAAAAAAGCUUCCUCCUCGACAUAAAAAAAAGAAAAAGAAAAAGAAAAUGAACUCUGAUGAUGUUUCAAGUGAUGAUGAAGUCAUGAAAGAGAAAACAAAUAGCAAAAUACAAGCAGACAGUGCAGUUCCUGCUUCUAUGGGAUUUGGAAAGAAUGUUAAAGAGCUUCCACGAGCAGCUGUCAGGAUCUUAAGCAACAUGACAUUCCUUUUUGUGAGUUUGUCAUACACAGCUGAGAGUGCCAUUGUUACAGCUUUUAUUACCUUCAUUCCCAAGUUCAUCGAGUCACAGUUUGGCAUCCCAGCUUCCAAUGCCAGCAUCUACACUGGUGUGAUAAUUGUUCCAAGUGCUGGUGUUGGUAUUGUCCUAGGCGGCUACAUUAUCAAAAAACUGAAACUUGGUGCAAGAGAGUCUGCAAAGCUGGCCAUGAUCUGCAGUGGUGUGUCUUUGCUGUGCUUUUCAACUCUCUUCAUUGUUGGAUGUGAAAGCAUUAAUCUAGGGGGAAUAAAUAUACCUUAUACGACUGGUCCCACUCUUGCCAUGGCCCACAGGAAUCUCACUGGGAGCUGUAACGUGAACUGUGGAUGUAAAAUUCAUGAAUAUGAGCCUGUUUGUGGAUCAGAUGGAAUAACGUAUUUUAAUCCUUGCCUAGCUGGCUGCAUCAAUGGUGGAAACCAUAGCACAGGGGUAAGAAAUUACACAGAAUGUGCCUGUGUCCAAAGCCGCCAGGUUAUCACCCCACCGACAGUGGGCCAGCGCAGCCAGCUCCGGCUGGUCAUCGUCAAAACCUACCUGAAUGAGAACGGCUAUGCUGUUUCUGGGAAGUGCGAUCGAACCUGCAACACACUUAUCCCGUUCCUGAUAUUUCUCUUCAUAGUGACCCUUAUAACAGCGUGCGCCCAGCCGUCAGCAAUCAUAGUGACACUCAGGUCUGUGGAGGAUGGGGAACGGCCCUUUGCACUAGGAAUGCAGUUUGUUCUAUUACGAACUCUUGCUUACAUUCCCACUCCAAUUUAUUUUGGGGCUGUUAUUGAUACCACAUGCAUGCUUUGGCAACAGGAUUGUGGUGUACAAGGAUCUUGUUGGGAAUACGACGUCACCUCAUUUCGUUUUGUCUACUUUGGGUUGGCUGCUGCUCUCAAGUUUGUGGGAUUCUUUUUUAUUUUUCUGGCCUGGUACUCCAUUAAGUGUAAAGAAGAGCAACUACAGAGACAGAGAUGGAGGGCUUCACCGGUGAACACUGUGAGUGAGAUGGUUGGCCAAGCUGGACUCCAACAAAACUAUGCACGGACUAGAUCCUGCCCUACCUUCAGUUCUCGAGGAGACAUUGGUAUGGCACAGGGAAUGAACUGCAUAGCACAGACAUACCCUGGCCCCUUUUCAGAAGCAAUAAAUUCCUCAAAUGAAAAUGCAUUGGAAGAAGUCACUGCUGAGAUAUAGACCCCUGGCUUGGUAAUGUAAUGUUUAGUUUUGUUGGUUGACUUAAUUAUGGCGCCUUGUAAAACACCUGUGCCUUCUCUUUUUAAUCUAAAUGUAACAUGAUAAAACCAACAAAGCUUAAUGCAAACAACCAUAGUAUGUUCCUGAGGGCUGGAUACCUCAAACCAACCCAAGUUCUUAGUUCUCCCUUCCUGACAAUGGAGUUUUAAAAAUUGUGUUUGUAAUUAUUUCAAAUGUGUCCAUGAAAUGUCCAUGCUCUACCUAAUAUCAAUGUAAGGGUGAGGUACUAUGAACAGCAGUCAGUGGAAGAGUGACAGAAACUCAUAUCGUUAAUGUCUAGAUGUCACAAAAAUGCUUAAAUGUAUCAUCUUUCACAUCUGCAAAUCAUAUUUUUAAGAGAUGAGUAAUUACUGUGAGUUCUGCUACAAAGCACAACUAAACUUGUUUAAACUAUGCAACUUACUCAGAUAAUUGUACGUGCAGCAAAUUAUGUUUAAAGCUUGCUUUUAAAGACAUUACUGCGACUCAAUUUGAAAGGGGCUAUUUUCAGACAUACAUGUUAAAAUAAAAAAAGAACAUAACAUUUAAAGUACUGUUAAUAACAUGUUAAGCCAUACAGAAGUUAUGCAUCAGGUGAUGUUUGCAAAUAUUGAGACACAGUAUCUUUGUCCUGUCAAAAUGUGCAGUAAUUUUCAUUUGAUAAGCAGUCAUUCUUCACAAAGUACACAGGCUAGGAGCUUAAAAUGCUUGGUGUAAAAAAAGCACUUAAGUAUUAAUCUGUGAUAACAUUAAGGUGUAGGAACCAUGUACACAUACCAUGCCAGAAGUACUUCUGUAACAAUAUAGGCCACCUGAGUGGCCCUUAUUAGAACCAGAUCCAUUUUUUUCCCUGAAAAAGAAAAUAACCAGCUAUGACUUAUAGGAAGUUCUUGGCUGUGCUUCAGAAGUGCAUGCCAGUCGAGUUCAGCUUUGGUGAGGAAACCUCAGGGGAGAGCUAAUGGCCUUGUUUUGUUUCUUACUGGCUGUUUGGGGCCAGGGUGGCACAUCUCUCCACAAGACCUUGCAGAGAAACCUUCAAGUGGACUGUGAGCAUGUGGGCUGCCCCUAUGCCCAGCAUGAGGCCUUCUUCCCAGCUUCUGGCAUCGCUGCGGUGCUUCUCCCUGGUGCUUCUGCCCCAGCUCUGCCACUCCUGUUGUCUACCUUGGGGCAGGCUGCUGGAACCACCCUGGAAGCUGUAGGUGUAUGGUUUGUCCCACAUGUGACCAGCCUUCCUCAGCUUCAUUUAAAGCUUUCUGUGAGAACAAAGGGUGAGUUGGCUCUCCUCCACCCAUUCAGGAAAGAGCUAAGAAUAUAAAUUGUCUUCAAGCAGGGACCUAUGAGAUGUGGCGUGGCCUUUACUUAUUCCAAAUUACUAUGGUGUGUUUUCUCCCCUGCUCUUAGCAUUUACUAUAUUGCUCUGGAGACUUCAUAGUGCCCUUCUUACGAUGUACUAAUGAUGUCUCAAAGGGCAGGGAAUGAUUUCAAGUGGACACCGGGAAAUCAAAGCUGUAUUUUGCCCUGCAGGGAAAGCCUUAAUAGUUUAGGAAAUUAGAAGCUUUAGAAGAACUCAAUGAUAGGCAGACUUGGAUUUUGCUAUGUGCAUAGCCUGCAUGAAAUCAAAUAGGAGAAAGCAGAACUUUGGGAUUAUAAGAAGGAUUUUCUUUCUAGCUUAAUUUUUAAUUUACAGUUUGUAAGAUGACUAAACAUAUAUGGAACCAAGUCCUCCUUCCCUUGAAAUUAAAGGGAAUACUGUCUGGCAUCUGGAUAUGCUUCUCCUUUGCCAAUUGCCUUCCAUCAUCUCCUGUCUCUCCUUGACCAGCAUGUGGCUUUACCCACUGGCUUGGUUCUCCUGCUAGAAAUGUUGACUGCUUAUUUCAGAAUGUCUCAGUCCAUUUAUGUGACUUGUUAUUAAUUUCAUUCUCUGUGGCUGCAAAAUACAGCAUAGAGGAAUAUUGUUAUAAUCACCUUCUGCUUUUCUGUACAUACUAGUAGCUUUUUGGAUUCAAGCCUUAGAAUUUUUUUUGUCUUGUGCAGCUACUGGGCAUGAUAUAUCUGCAGUCAGUUUGUGCCACCUGGGAUUUUAGCUUCUAUACUUCUCAUCCCAAGGAAUACAUUUCCUUGUCUCAGAGGUACUGGGUACAAUUUAUUUUUUGACAUAGGAGAUCAGAAUAGAUGAUAGAAAUGUCUCCUCGUCCUACAGUCUUGAGUGCUUCUUGCAUCGAGAAAUUCAUGUCAUGACAAAAUUUGAGGCAAAGUAGUAGGACAAAGUGUAAUUGCAGCCCAUUACCCAUCCACUUUAAUCACUCAUCCAUUUUAAUAUGUGUGGGAUGAGGUGAAAAGAGACAAUCUUCAAAUACCUCAGAAACAGAGCAUUUAGGGAAUCAUAAAUGAUAUGAUAAAGAGGCUGGAGAUGAAUCAUAUGUCCUGAUCUACUCUAUUUCAUGCCUUGUGUGCACGUCUUUUCCAUACAAAUAUGGAGUGAGAGCAGCUUAGGCUGGUAGGAUUGUCAGGAGCUAAUACUGAUCACAAAGAAUGAGAGUGAUGUACGUGACACAUCUGCAGCUGCUGCAGCUUCUGAGCUGAGCACAAGGGAAUUCAGAGCUUGUCAGAAUUGAGGAUUUCUGUUUUUUAGGAAAUCCUGACACCUCAGCUUCUAAAAGCAUUUUUUAAUGUCUGAGAAACUGGAACAUAGAAGGAAAGAUAUUCAUUUCAGAAAUACUGAAAAAGCUGUGUUUGCAUAUCUUCUUGUAGCUUUUUAAUUUUCAUUUCAAAAUUAUAUACUUCACAAAAACAACAUAAAUAUUCGGUAGUAGUUUUUAAUCUAGAUAAUUUUGUCAACGUAUUUCUACCAAAUCAUUUAAUUAAAUCAACAUCCUCUGAGGGAAAGAAAACACAGCCUGUGGCCAACUUUUGAUUUAUUCCUGAAGGAGACUUUGUUAUGAGUAAGCUAUAGCAGUCUAAACUAAGCCAAUAAAGGCACCCAGGGUAAAAACAGUAACUCACCAGAGAAGUCAAUUCCAGCCUUAUCAAGUGACAGAAAUAUGGACUGAAAUCUGCUGAGCAAGCACUAUUUUCCGAGGCUACCACUGCAGAAGGAAGCAGAGUUGCCAGAGAAGACAUAUGCAGUGAUCUUAGUCACUGUCAAUGCAUGGUGCUAAACUGAUUCACAAAGGAAAAGGUUUACCAAUUAGCCAUUAGGGGUGAUCAUUCCUGUCAGGAAACCAUCUGACCAUAAAAUGUAAAAUUCCAAAGUCAUUUCAGGUUAAGUUGUUGUAAGUUCUGCCAUCCUCCACUCUCCCUGCAAACACUUCAGUUUGGUUAGCAGCAAACACAAGAACACGUAAAGCAGGAGUCCUGCCCUCCUGCUCAUCCACACAGUGCUAUUGGUAGAAUACCGAAGUCUUCUACCUACAGCUUAACCAGCCAGGGAGAGUAGGGAGCAAUGACACCUAGGGUUUAACUGCAAGUCCCCAGAGAGCCAUGAUAUCAUAAGGACAGCUUAUAAUUAGUGUCCUCCUGCACAAGUUAUUCCUGGUUCAGAAUGAGUGACAUGAGAGAAGUAGUCCCAGUGCAUAGACAUGACUGAACAGAUCAUCAUUUCAUAUCUAAGACCUCUCAUUUCUCUCUGUUUCCUCAAAAUGGGGAAGACUUCAGAAAAGGAGUAAUGACAGCCUCAGGUGCAUAUGAGCAUGGCUUAUGAGCCACUCUGUUCAUAUUGAGUGGUUCAUAUAGAUUCCAGUGGAUAUAGUCAUGGCUGGAAUAACUGGUGAGUGAUGCUCUGUAUUUCCAAUACUGGCAAAGCCCUGCAUUCUUUUAGUCCUAUUCUCAUAAGCAUACUGAACAUAAUAUGGUAUAAUUUGGAACUGGUGGCCUUUUAUAUAUUUAUAUACAGUGUAAGCAGCUACAAAAAAAUAAGUUGAACAUUCGCAUGCAGUUUAAUUGGAAGCUUUUGAUUCUUUGUCUAGUCACUGUAUCUUAAAAAACGCAUGUAAUAAUUUGCUAUUCUUCAGAACAUGCAAUUAAGUGAAGUAAGGGUACAAAUCUCCUCACAGGUGUUAGAAAUGUAAGUUUGAAAGCCCUUAAAUUAAUCGAACACACUUGAGUGUAGUGUUUUCAAAAAUAUGUUUGCUUUUUUAAAAAAUAUAGCUCAUAAAUUCAUAGCAUAACCAUUCAUUAUGGCUCUGAUCCAGCAGAACACUUAAAUACAUGUCUAAAUUUAUAUACUUAAGUGAUGGACUUAAAAAUAAUGCAUGUACAUAGGCACUGGACUGAAUCCCAUGUGCAUUCAGAAAGAAGUUCCUUUACACAAGGAGUAAUUUCCAUGCUGAGAUGUUUUUUACCCAUGGAUUCAAUGAUCAUCACCAGAAGAGCACAGAAUGGCAGUCAAGUACUUCCCCAUGGCAUUCACAUGUGGCUACUUCUAUAUCUCGCAAUGGACGAAUGCUUUUUUUUUUUUUUUUUAAUAAAAGACAGUUCCAUGUAGCAACACUUACUUAGCAUUACAAACUGUAAAAUUUUUACUAGAAUUCUUUACUAGAAUUCUUAAUUCUGGGGGAAGGUGUGAUUGCAUAGUGAGGGACAUUACUAUUCUGCUUAGAGAAGCAGAGGGCAUUCCAAGCGUGUAUAUGGCAGGCAGUAGUUGUCUAGCUCCAGAACGAGAGUCAUCUCAUCACCCUGGGUGACGGUAUCCAACGUCACCUCAUCCAGCCAGAGAUGGUGGGUGCCUGAUCAUCUCAGAUAAUGGUUGCUUCCAUAUUCAAAAUAUUUCGGGGAGUUGCUCAAAUAUAUAUAUUUAAUUCAUAAAGCACACCAUUCAUGUAUUUUACAAAUUUUUGGCUGAAAAUUUAGGUAUUUUGUGUGGAUACAGAAUAAAUAAGGGCAUAUUUCUGAGCUUAAAGCCAAUGAAAUCACUUGUAAUGCUGUAGGUUUGGACUGUGCCCUUCCACAGGAUUUGGACCUAGAGGUUUGAAUAACACAUUUGAACCUCACUGCUGUAUGGAACUCCAGUGAGCAUGACUGGGGAGAGGGGUCAGCACCUUCUGUACUAUUCUUGCAGGUUCUUCCCAAAUUGCCUGAAUUUUUGCUGCCUUACUACUCUUUCUGUGUGUAUAAUACCACUGCUCUUCAUGUUGUUAUAUUGAUGUAAAACUGAUGAUAAAUAGGUCCAAAGUGUCUUAUUGCUAUUUUGGAGUGAGAUUCUUACCCUCAACAGUCUGAUAAUGAGGCUGAAGAACUGGGCCCGUCCCUUAUGUUGGACAUUAACAAGCUGAUGCAUUAGCAAGUACAGGAGAACUAAGUGACAUAAAGUGCUUGUUUAGCUUUUAUAUUCUGGUCACUUGUUAGUACUACUGUUUUCGUAGAUCAAAGACAAAAUAUUCCCUUAACAAGUUUGUCUUUUUUUUUCUCAAUAAUCUCUCUUUUAUAACAGCAUAAGAAAUGUCAUGCUGCACUAUCUGUGUUCCCACAGCUGAAGCCAUCCAGCUGUGACUGCUUUCCAGGGGUUUAAAACACCUAGAAACAGAAUUACAUCAGUGUGAAUUGGCAGAGCUUUGAACAGUGCUUGCUGGUUGUAGAUUAAACCUGUGGCAAUACAUUUCAGGUUCUUCACAUGAUGGACUUGAGUUUUGAGAUAUUUUUAUCCUUUAGAGUGUUUAGAAGAUGGACAGUUGACGUCAUGAUGCUAGAUUAAUUAUUUGGUAUAGAAUUAGGGUUUUUAUUUAUCUUUUUGUUAUAUAACGUUUCUUUUUUCCUUUUUUUUUUUUUUAGUCUAAUAAUUGAAAAAAAGGUAAAUGUAAGCGUUUUCACUGAGUUGAAAUGGGGAGCCUUCAGCAUUGGGACUGGUUAUGCCCAGAGUUCACAUGAUUCUUCUUCCUUAUUUUGUUAUGAAUACAUACUAUUACACGAAUACAUGCUCUUACAUGGCCAAAGCUUUGAAAAUGUACCUGGUCCUCAGGAAGGAGAUUUUCCCUAUCCUUUCCACAGAGUGUGUAACAUAAAUUAAGGAUGACAGCUAACAAGAUCCAUAUCCAAUAUCCAUACCCACAUGUAGUUAAUAACUAGUUUUUAGCAAAAGUUCAUGUGCAUCCUAUCCUUCAGAUAAGCUCCUUUGACUUAAUCUGGCCUUUCAAACACAGGUCUAGCUCUGCAAGUUCCAAGUACAUAGGCCGCUCUAAAAGUCAUGCCUCCUAUUUGUUUCCAUGGAGAUUACAACAGAUACAAAGUGUAAAAGACUAUUUUCAACAGUCACUGCUGUUGGCUAUGCGAUUUCAUCAGCGAUGAGCAAGAGCCUUCAUGCCGUGCUCGUAAUAAUCUGCGCUAGCGGAGACAACCACUGCUGUGGGCAGCAAGGCUGCAGUGUACCACCCACCACUUCACUGUGCUCUGAUCCACUGUUUGGUCUCCAUAAAUGUUCAGUAAGCAUCUAUCAGUGUCAGUGGGUGCCAUCUUUUCCACAUGAAUAAAAUUUCACACUAUUGCACCAUACGUAUUUCCAUGUCAAACACCGUUGUGUCAGACUGCCCCUCUGCUGCCAUCUGUCACACAGCAACACUGUGUAAAGAAAUAUUGGUGGCAAGGUUUGACUUCUGCUGCCAUACCACCACCAUCAGCCUCUGAAAUCAGUAUUAUAAAGUAGGAGGCAUUACUUUUGAAGCAGUCUUCACAGCUCCAAACUUUGCUUGUUUUUGAUUUUUAUAAAAUAGAAUAAAUGCUUAUUUGUUCACGUUCCAUUUUACUCAUCUCCAUUUCCUUAUGUUUUCUAUUUCAAGUUAGCUGUCAUAAUGUUAUCCUGUAACAGAAUUUUAUUCAUGAUAUAGAAUAGCUGAAAAGCUGUGGAAUUCAUGAAGGGCUACAAAAAGCAUUCAAGGUAUUGUUUGGCUCAAGAGUAAUCUUUGGUCAAAAGGCUAAACAACAUUAUGGUGCUAAUAGCUACUGAACAGCUACUAUGGUGUAUUCACUAUGACUUCAAUGACAUGUUCAAGGCAUGCCAAUGAUACAACAGCAUGUGUUUUUGUUCUUAAAGUCUGGAGCUUCUCCAGCAAAGUCUGCAUUCAUAGUUCCUAGUGAGCCAAUUCCUGUCUAGUUCUUCUGUCCUUUCAGGAGGGAGUAUAGGAUUUGGCCCAGCACUAGCGGCUAAAGUAGAAGUUAUAUAGACCAUGCAAAUCUCCUGUAGGAUUUAUUCAUCCUUCUGUAGAAUGUUACUUUCUUUGGUGGCUUUGCUUAAGCAGAGACUGAAAAUAAAUUCUAUAGGAGUGACAGGAAGCGAUGGCACCCCUUAACCAAGCAACAUUAAUAAGAGUUUGAAUUAAAUCGAGGACUCAGAUCUGAGAUAUUAAUGUUCUUUCAUGAAAUAUCAGAAAGAGGGGGGUAGAACAGGAACGAGUUCUAGCUCCAGCAAUGGAAAAAGCCAAAUCUGGCCAACUUUCAAGAAAGCUAGGAUUUACCACUGAGAUUUUUGGUAUUUGACUCUUUAAGACAGCAUUUUGCCUUUCUAUUUGGAACUGAAAGAUAAUUCUUUUAUGUUAUUGUACUUGGACUGCUCACUGAGAGGAGGCAUGUGUAUCCUACAUGGCAUGAUGUGGUACGCCUCAGAAAUUUUACCUCUUUAACAAAGGUACAUUUGAAAACAUGAAGGGAGAUGUCAGUGCAAAAAGUUGGACAAAAUACUUCAAAACUGUUUCUGUAUAAAGAACAACAAAAAUGAAUGUGGAGUCACUGUGAUCCAUGUGUCGGUGAAGGCUUUCCUCCUAACAGACCUGCUCUGUUCCCCACUUGAGCAAAUGGGAGUUUUGCCCUUGGCUGCGGUGCUUACCCCUGCCAAAUGAUUUAAACAGCAAGAAAAUAAUCUGGGUAGCGUGGUAGGAGCGUGGAGUGGGCACACUGCCUGUAACUGUUCUGUUUUAAAAAAACCAACUCAUUAUUAAGCAAACGUGUAGAGUAUUAAGGACAUUUGUAGAGUAUGUCUGACUGUAUGAGUGUGUGGGUGCUGUGCUGUGGUAAAAAGAGACUAAUUGGUUUAUGCAUUUUUUUGCAUACUUUAGGGAUUUUUAAUUGAUAUUUAUUUCUCAGCAGAGGCUAGAAUAAUUUUAAAGCUGUGUAACACAUUGUUUCAUGAAAUCUAUUGUCGGCAUCUGUUGUAAACAUGUGUUUACAAAACAAACUCUUGAAUACUUGAUAUUGGAAAAUAAAAAGUAGCAUAUAAA